GCUCAGUAAAGAAACUGUAACUGCAAAGCAAAAUUAAAUUCCAUCAUUCCAUGUAUAACCUAUGAACCAGAGCAAGAAACCAACUGCUCUAGCUCAAGGGCCAAUCCCACCAUCACCUUCUCCGAUAGGCAUAUUGCCAAACCCCAAUGAAGUAGCGAAAUGCUGGUCUACAUUACAGAACAUUCAAGGGUGCGCAUGGGAGAUUUAUACCUCAGUAUUUUCUGGUAACCUAUCCGGACUAGGCCCUGCUUGUUGCAAGGCAUUUGUUGGAGUUGAAGAAAGCUGCUGGCCAAAGAUGUUCCCCUCAAACCCUUUCUUUCCUCCAUUGCUAAGAAGCACUUGUAGUGCUCGAAAUGCCACACCUCCGAGAGGAAAUUAA